GUUCAUUACGAGGGGUUGGGGGGGAUCAGGUGUGUGUCUGCAGCGCCUCGUCUCCAUCAGGUCCCUGUGCACCCGGGACCUGGAUGUGACUUGACGCAUCAGGUGGCCCCUCACAGCGCAUCCCGUCCCGUGCUUUUACGUCGUUCCUAGCUCUGGACACUGAGCUGAGCCAAUGGCUCCGCCACAUGACCCCCGAUCGCUGAUAAAGUGCGUAUGAGGUGCCCACGCAUUCGGGGCUGAGCAGGGGGGCUGUUCGACAUGACGAAAAGUUUAGAGGAGGGCCAAUGAGUGUAGCAGCGUGGCACGAGGGCUGCCUGCCACGGUCAUGCUUCAGCGUGUUAUCUGUGAACCGCGGCGCAGCCCGUCGCCCCACCUGUCAGAGGCGCCGAGAGGCGCUUAACCUCAACGAGCGACGCGGCUCGGCAUUCGCUCUCUGCCCUCCUCCUGCUCCGCCGACCGAGUGCGGCCACCGCUCAUCUGCGCGACACCUUCUGCGGCGACUCGGGAACACGUGCCCCGUAUCGCGGGAGACUGCGAGCAUGGCCUUGCAGCCGCUCACCCUCAUAAACUGCGCAGGCCUCCUGCAGCCCGGCUGCUCCCUGCUGCCGCUGGAUGGUGACGUCUUUCUCUUUGGCCAGAAAGGCUGGCCCAAGCGCUCCUGCCCCACUGGGGUGUUUAGCGUGCGCCUGAAGAGAGGGCAGUUCAAGCUGAGAGCCAUCGCCUUCUCCAACGACUCGUGCUACCUGCCCCCGCUGCGAUGCCCCGCCGUGACCCACCUGGACGCGUGGGAGGCCGAACCCGAAUGUUACCUCAUCCACGGCGGGCGCACCCCCAACAAUGAGAUCUCAGGCAGCCUGUACGUGUUGAGUCAGGAGAGCCGCGGCUGCAACCGCAAGGUGACGCUGCGGUGCCGAGAGAAGGAGCUGGCAGGCGACGUGCCGGGCCCGCGAUACGGCCAUACCAUGAGCGUGGUGCAUAGCCGGGGCAAGAGGGCCUGCGUGCUCUUUGGAGGGCGCUCCUACAGGCCGCCCGGGGAGAGGACCACGGAGACAUGGAACACCGUAGUGGACUGCCCACCACAUGUGUUCCUCAUCGACCUGGAGUUCGGCUGCUGCUCAGCCCACAUCAUGCCGGAGCUUGCCGAUGGCCAGUCCUUCCACCUGGCUCUGGCACGAGAGGAUCGCAUCUACAUCCUCGGGGGACACACGCUGUCCUCGGACAGCCGGCCCCCGCGUUUGUUCCAGCUCCGUGUGGAGCUGCUCCAAGGCAGCCCGGUGCUUUCCUGCGAAACCCUGGAUGCGGGGCUUUCCCUGACCAGUGCCAUCCUCGUCUCCACCGGCUCAGCCCACGAGUACAUCAUCCUGGGCGGGUACCGGUCUGAGACCCAGAAAUACCUAGAGUGCAGUGGCAUCACCUUGGACGACAAUGGGAUCCACAUAGAACCCAGAGAGCCACCCGCUUGGACAGGCGAGAUCAGCCACAGCCGCACCUGGUUCGGGGGCACUCUGGGCAAGGGCAGUGCUCUCAUCGCGGUUCCAGCUGAGGGGAGGGGUGUCCUGCCGGAGACCCACAGCUUCUAUCAUGUGAGCUUCAAGCAGGAGGGCGACAGAGACGCGGACGACGGCACGCAGGGCUGCAGCCAGGAGUCCACAGACUUCGAGGACUCGGCUCCGCUGGAGGACUCCGAGGAGCUGUAUUUCAGCCGGGAGCCACAUGAGCUGGAGGACACCAGUGACGGCGAGGGGGACACCUACAACGAGGAGGACGAGGAGGACGAGUCCCAGACGGGUUAUUGGGUGCGCUGCUGCCUGGGCUGCCAAGUGGACCCCAACACGUGGGAGCCAUACUACUCGACCGAGCUCCAUCGGCCGGCCAUGAUAUUCUGCUCACGGGGGGAGGGCGGCCACUGGGUCCACGCCCAAUGCAUGGACCUGCCGGAGUCUCUUCUCAUGGAAUUCUCCCAGAACAGCAGCAAGUACUUCUGCCUGGACCACGGGGGUCUGCCCCAGCAGGACCCGAAGACGCCACCCCGCACGGCACCACCCCUCAAGCGGCCUCCCAUGAAGACGCAGCACCGCAAAGCCCCCGUCAAGCUGAACCUGACCCCUGCCAAGAAGAGCUUCCUGAGACGUCUCUUUGAGUGACCUCCAGCGCGCACAUCGAGUCCAUCCACACAACCGACACCUCACAUGGCCAUGACUGUGCUGUAGCUGC